AUGCACCGAGGCGCACCAGGACCGGGCCUCAGAGGCCUGAAGGGGGCCGAAGGCUCAGCUGAGGACUUGGGGGACUCUUGCCUGGAGGCCGGGAGAGAUUUUGGGGUGCUGAGAGAGAACGGCGCCCCCCGCGGCCUGGGCGAGGCAGACGAGGUGGCGAGCGGCAGAAAGCGCGCGCGGCCGGUGCGAUCCAAGGCGCGGCGCAUGGCGGCCAACGUGCGGGAGCGCAAGCGCAUCCUGGACUACAACGAGGCUUUCAACGCGCUGCGCCGGGCGCUGCGGCACGACCUGGGCGGCAAGAGGCUCUCCAAGAUCGCCACGCUGCGCAGGGCCAUCCACCGCAUCACGGCGCUCUCCCUCCUCGCGCGCUGGGACGCCGCCGGUCCCUUUGCGCCGCGCUGCGCCUCGUGCUCCCCGCACACGCUCCUGGGACGGCCCAGGGCGGUGGCCGAGGCGCAGGGCUUGGCCCAGGCCUUCGCGGGAAACUGGCGCCGGUGUCCGGGGGCUCCCUCUGCCUGGCCGCGGGACCACUUGUGA